CGGUUUGAGCAGAAUUUUGUUCUUUUUGGAAGCAUUGUAAAGACAAAACCGUAUAUUUACAGGGACAGGAAGGAAUGGGCAGAUAUUGAACCUGUGCCUCAAAACGAUGGGCCAAGUCCUGUUGUUCAGAUCAUCUACAGUGAAAAAUUUCGAGAUGUCUAUGAUUAUUUCCGGGCUGUUCUGCAGCGGGAUGAGAGAAGUGAAAGAGCUUUCAAGCUAACAGCAGAUGCCAUUGAAUUAAACGCUGCAAACUACACAGUAUGGCAUUUCCGGAGAGUCCUCUUGCAGUCUUUGGGAAAGGAUCUCCAUGAGGAACUCAAGUAUAUUACAGCUAUCAUUGAAGAUCAACCAAAGAACUACCAAGUCUGGCAUCACAGACGGGUGUUGGUGGAGUGGCUGCAGGAUCCGUCCCAAGAGCUUGAGUUCAUAGCUGACAUUCUUAACCAAGAUGCCAAAAAUUACCAUGCGUGGCAACACAGACAGUGGGUUAUUCAGGAGUUCAAAUUAUGGGGCAAUGAACUGGAAUACGUAGACCAGCUUUUGAGGGAAGAUGUGAGAAACAACUCUGUUUGGAACCAGCGACACUUUGUCAUUUUCAACACCACUGGCUACGAUGAUCCAGCAGUCCUAGACAGAGAAGUCCAAUACACUCUUGAGAUGAUCACAGCAGUGCCACAUAAUGAGAGCGCUUGGAACUAUUUAAAAGGGAUUCUACAGGAUCGUGGUCUUUCUAAGUAUCCAAAUCUGUUAGAGCAACUGUUGAAUUUACAGCCCAGCCACAGUUCACCCUAUCUGAUUGCCUUUCUUGUGGACAUAUAUGAAGAUAUGCUUGAAAACCAGUGUGAUAACAAGGAAGAAACACUAAAUAAGGCAUUGGAGUUGUGUGAAAUUCUGGCUAAAGAAAAAGACACCAUCCGAAAGGAGUACUGGAGAUACAUUGGAAGGUCUCUUAAGAACAAGCACAGCUCGGGCACUGAGCAGAGCACGCUGACAGACAAGCAGCAGUAACUGAACACGGAAGAAAACGUUGCUAAGCUCUCAAGCUGUUCUAACGCAGUACCAAGUAGGGUCACCAACUCGUUUGAAAUCCAGUGUAGUAUUCCCCUAGUGCAGAGGUAUUGCAAUGAAAGAGGAGCGCAGAGUGCUGUAUAGUCUUGGGUCACUGCUGCCACUGGUGAUAGCUCUAGGUGCAGUCAAGGAACGUAUUAAGGCUUAAUUAUUGAAAUGUACCAAACACAAAGGGUUUAGUUCCUAAUAAUAAAUACAUGAAGCUAUACCUACUAUUUGUAAGGC